CCAACACAACACUGUAAAAUACUCAGUUCUAAGUAAAUGUACUACUAAAUAAUAUUAAAAGUUGUAGCUGGUUUUAAGUAGUUUAUAUAUAUAUACACUUAGCUACUUAGUCCAGUGCUUCCGAACUGGAUUCCUCCAAAGGGUCACCACUUUAACUUGAGGGGGAAAGAAGAAAAACGUUUAUUUGUUUCUCAGUGAAAUUCAGCAGCAGCAAACACAGGAAACAGGACUGUCCUGUCAGCUCUCCUAUCAGAGUAACAGUCUUUCUGAACUUAUAAUAAUCUGAUUGGUCUUUCUGUUGUUGGACAGCAGGAAACCUUGACCAUUAAAAUAAAAAACCUAAAAAACAAAAGUCUUAUCACACUUCCUGUCCCAGCUGCUGUCAGUCAAACCACACACACACACACACACAGAUACUGACAUCCUGAGCAUCUUCUCUCUCUUCAGUUUCUUAGUUUCUCCUCUCGGACUGACGCAGACAAACGAUCUUUCAGGAGCUUAGGUUCUUUUUCACAAUGCAGUUCUUCGUCCUCCUCUUCCUCCUGUCUCAUGCCAUGGUUACAGCGGUACCCGGUUGCCUCAGCGACAGGGACAAGGACCACCGCCCGAGGAAGAACUGCACGGCGGCCGGCUUCAGCGCGGUCCCGGAGGGAAUCGAACCCUCGACCAAGGUUUUGUUAUUUCCUGGGAACGUGUUCUCCAGUCUGUCCUGGCACUCCUUCAUGAUUUUCACAGAGAUCUAUGAGAUCGACUUCACAGGCAAUAAGGUUCCAGAGUUAACUCCUUCUGCCACUCCGAUCCUGCCCACCCUCAGUGUUCUCCGACUGGGGUCAAACCAUUUGACCUCCCUCUCCGACAGCUCCUUCUCGGCCUGUCCUGCUCUGACUGAACUCUACCUGGAAAAGAACAGAAUUGACUCUCUGAGCGACCAUACCUUCUCCGGACUCAGUAAACUGGAGAUCCUGGACUUGUCAUCAAAUCGUAUCAAGGUUCUUCCCAAGCUCAUGCUCCACCCCCUUCCAGCCAUAGAAACGCUCUACCUGGAGGACAACAAGAUCAAAGUGAUGCCAGACGAUUGGUUCAGCAAGAAGAAGGAGGUGCCGUACCUCUACCUCUCAGCCAAUCCCUGGGCUUGCUCCUGUUCCCUUGGUUAUUUGCGCAGAUACCUUGAAGACUACGAAUUUAACAUCUACGUACGCGAUGGUCCGCUCAUAAAGAGUGAUGGAGAAAGUGUGGUGUGUGACUCUCCACAGACGCUUAAGGGCAGUCCUGUACUGAGUCUGGAGGAAUCUGAUCUGUGUUCAGUUCCAGAACCAGAAGAAUCAGGUCCAACUGGUGACUUAGACCAGACACAAACUUCUGGUUUUCCAACUGCUGUUACCGCUAUCCCAACUGUUGCCAUCCUUCCUCCUACUCCUCCCUCUCCUACUACUCAUCAUCCUCCUCUUCCUCCUACUCCUCCCUCUCCUACUACUCAUCAUCCUCCUCUUCCUCCUACUCCUCCCUCUCCUACUACUCAUCAUCCUCCUCCUCCUCCUACUCCUCCCUCUCCUACUACUCGUCAUCCUCCUCUUCCUCGUACAUCUCCUCCUCCUCCUCCUCCUCCUCCUCUUACUACUACUAUUAUAACAACUGCUACUCCAACAUCUGCUGCUCCUGCCACUAUUGCUCCCACUGUCGUACUCCAACUCUACACAGAGUACCACAGAGUAAUCACAUGGUCCUGGUACCAAACCUUUACCAGUUUAAUUGAAUGGUCAAGCCAUUCAGAAGAGAAGAGCAUAAUCCAGGGAUCAUUAGCGGGGUCACAUGCCUUUGUCACUCCUCCCUCUCCACCUGUCAGACCCUCAACUGAAAGUCCUGCUGACAUGACGACUGCUGUGCCCGCAACACCUGGGAGAACAAAAUCUGUUCCUAUAAAUGUAACGUCAACAAUACCCACCACCCCUGAGCCUCCAACCACGGCAAUCCCCCUCUGGGUGAAAGCUGCUGGUGGCCGGCGACGUGAAAAAAUCAGUGCUGAUGGAGCUGCAGGGGUGUUCUGUUUUUGGCUUUUUGCAGCGUGUGUGCUGCUGUGUGUGGCGUCAGCAGCGUGCAUAUUGGUGACUCUGGCAAGGCUAGUUGUCUGGUACAGGAGGGUGUACAAGCCGCUGAGUGUGGCGCUGGCAAAGAGGGGAGGAGGUAGUGAUGGUGUGAGGCUGUUAACUUACAGCCGGAGGGAGGAGAAGGAAGUGGCAGGAGAGGAAGGAGUGAUGGCGCUGUAUCGCUCCGUUCUGUUCAUCCACAAAGAGAGAGAAGAAGCUAUGGAGAGGGAAGAUGGAGGAAAGGAGGAUGAUGAGGGAGGAAAGGGAGGGAAAGAAAGACUCCUCGUCACUCUGAAGCCGACAGGAUCAGAGGAGGUGAAGAGAGAGGAUGGAGGAGAAAGAGGAGGGAGGGAGGAGAGAGGAGUGUACAGGAAGACACUGUACCGGCUGUUAAGUAAAGAGGAAGAGAUAGAGGGAUGGAGGGAUGUGAUGGAGGAGUGUCGGGUCUCUGCAGAGGAUGGAGGGAGGACAGGAAGGGGAAAAGAUGGAGGGAUGGAAAGAGAGAGGAGUGGAGGUGGAGGAGUAGUUUCCAGGAAGCGCUACAGUGUGAUUCUCAGGGAGGAGACGGGGGAGGCAGGGGGAGCGAGGGAGGAGCGGGACUGGGUGGUUGGUGGGUGGGAGGUUAAAAGAGGAGGAGGGGAAGAAGGGGAGGGAGGAGAGCAGCCCAGGAGCAGCUGGGGGGAGUGGCUGGCACACUACUUACCCAGCAUGCCUUGGGGGGUGACCAUGCCCCCUGAGGGUGAGGCUGCUGAGUGACAUCAGAUGACUCGAUGACAUCGGCCUUUCUGAAUUUUUUUAAAAUUUCAUUAUGAUUUAUGUGUAUUUGGCUGUUCUAUAAUAGAUUGUUAUGCACCUGUGAUCGACUGAUGUUUGUCCUAAUGACUGUUAAUUGUCCUUGGGUGCAACAUUAUUAAGUUUUCCAUGGCUGCACAUUUAUAAAGAACACACACUCACUAUGUGAUUAUGGCAGUAGUUUUCUGGUCGAUUGGUUGCUAUCCUCUCAUCUAUUGGUUGGACAAUCACAGAUGUUAAACACAUCUCGACAACCAACACAGUGUAUUAUCUAAAAACAGUUGGCUAACUUGCCUGCAUUAAGAUACACCCAGACCAAACUGGAAGGCAACCAGACAUUUUUGUUUAUUGACAAUAUCCCUGUGUACAACCCCUUAUUUUUGUUUGUUGUAUGAGUCUGUGAUGAUCAUUGUUGUUAGCUCUCAACUGAGAUGCGAGUUUUGUAUGUGGGCUGUUCUUUAAAAAUACGUAAUCUACAGUUGCUUCUAGAACUUCUAUAAUUAAAUACACAUGAAGUACAGAUGAGUCUCAGUAUUUGUGUCAUGUGUACACCUGUACACUGUUCACUGCCAACCAGGAAACACUGUGUAAUGACUGAAAUGUCUUUAUCUAUCCAGAAAACCCACCAUGCUUCUGUUCUUACAUCAGUAAUCACCAUAUCAGACUGAACGGUUUCUCUCCACUGUGGACACGCUGGUGAGCUCUAUAGUCAUUUGAUGUUGAGAAUGAUUUCCCACACUGGUCGCAGCUAUAUGGUUUCUCUCCAGUGUGAACUCUUAAGAUGAAAUUUUAGCUCACCUGAUCUCACAAAUGCUUUGUCACAGUGCUGACAGCGAUGAUAUUUCUCUCCAGUGUGAUGUAUUUGAUGGUGUAUGUUAAGUUGUGUUUUGUAGGUUUUGUCACACUGGUCACAGUUGUACGGUCUCUCUCCAGUGUGAACUCUCUAAUGAAUCUUUAAUCGGUGUGAUGUGGGGAAUUCCUUCUCACACUGCUGACAGUGACGAAACUUGUUUGUUUUUUUGAGAGAGAAAGAGUUAUAAGUGAGGUUCAGUUGUGGACUGAGGAUUAGAUUUAAUUUUUUCUGAUUUCAAUAACACAACAGUGUUUCUCCUGCUUGCAGGAGCUAUACAGUUAGCCAAAAAACAAGCCUUGCCAGAGUUCGCUGUGCAUUAAUUGUCAUCCCUCACUGGCUUCCCACCAGGCAACAGUCGGUGAAGUUGGAGAAACCCCACCCACCCCGAUAUAAGAAAUCAAGAUGACUGCUACACGCAUAAAUAGUUUAGAACACUGCUAAUGUUACUGUUCAUAGCAGUUCUGCCUGCAGAUAGUACUGUUCAGUUUUUAUCUGUGGACAUGUUAUGAUGCUGUUUGUAUGCGCAAAAUACCACGUAGAGCGUUAUUAACUGGUAUUGCUAACAAUAGUUAGUUAACAUUAGCAUAUAGCAGGUCCAGUCUCGAAAGUCUCGCCUGUUGUUUAUGUAGCUAGCGAUGAUAGUAACAGUAAAAAGUCUUAAUGUGAUUCUCCACAGCUCAAGUGUCUUCAAACGUCUAUUUAUGUUUAAUCAACAGUAUAAAAGCCACAGAUUGAGUUUGUUGUCACAAAUCAACAAAGAAAAAGCAGCAAAUUGUAUCUGAGAGGCUCGAACCUCUGACAGUUAUAGGCUUUAAACUCUGUUGAAUUCACUGUGAUGUUCAAUAGUUUAGUUUCAACUCCCAUGAACAGUGUUUUAGCUGCUGUCAGACUCAGACUGAGGCAGAAAUAACAGUAAACUCACUGUGAACACUGACUGCUGGUUGAUAAUGUUCCUAUUUGCUGCUCAGCGGAAACAGGUGACACAGUUAACAGUUAAAUUCCAACAUGGCGGCCACUAAUGGAAGGAGAGGAGCUUGGAGUUUGGUAACUUCUACUUGGCAGGAUUUCCCGCUCCAUUUAAGUCUUACCUCCUGUUAAAGCCCACCGACAACCUUUCAAAAUAAACAAUUUCCACUAACAUGAACUUUACAUUUCUGUUGGCCUGUUUUUAUCCUCACACUAACAAAUUUCUGGAGCCAUUCAAGAAAAAUAUCAAAACCUAGAGCCACUUAGAGGAAGAGAUCAACAACAGGGGCAGCAAUAGCAAAUAUACGCCAACUUCUUCAAAAUAAAACCCUGCGUCUCCUGCACCAGAUACUUUCCUUUAAUUCCUGCUCAACUUUCUGUUGCUGAUACAGUUAAUUAAUACAUUCAUUUACAUUCAUUUAUUUAAAACGUUAUGUUAUCAGACCUUGUUGGAUUUUCUGGUGGAAGUUGAGUAGCAGUUGCAUGAAGCAGCCAGCGGCAGCACAUGACCUCCUCAGGAGUUUUAACAAUGUUAUAAUGACAUGUAUCAUGAUUACUGGGCUUCUGCUUGUUGAAUGAAUAAAGAGAAACAUCAAGUCUG